AAAAAAGAAAAGCUGAAGAAUUGGGGGAAGAAGGGAUAGAGGAGGUGGCACUGUGAUAUCAUACCAUAUCAUAUAUUCUUUCUUUGUUCAUUGGGUUAGGGUUCUCUUCUACACUUUCAAUUCUCAAUCCCUUUUCUCACCCACUCUGCGUUCUUCCAUACGGUUCUGUUUAUUGAGCGGUUUGGAUAAAGAAUAAAAUCAUUAAAUGGCCUUCGUAGCACAUCAACCGCAGGGUUUGUAUGUGACAUCUUCCUCAAGGCAUUUUCCAUGGAGCAAAAAGCUGAAGUUGAAGCAGUGUUUAACAAAGCAUCACAUGAUUGGAAGAACUGACUGGCAGUGUGCAGUAAAGCGGAAUAUUUGUUUAAGUGUGGGGCCUCCUUGCUUUUGUGUAUCCAAGGUCAAACCUUUGAGGAUUUCAGGCUUCAAAGGCAGCCCCCAAAAUGAUGAUUCAAGAAUCAGGGCUAAUCGGUUGAAGGCACCCAAGACUUCUGUUAGACUAGGAGAGAGUGGGGAAGCUCACAACGUUCCACUCUCUUAUGCAUCUGAAUCAAAUGAUAGCCUUGCAACAUCAUCUACUUUUCAUAAACUUUUCAAUAAAUGGCUGACAAUGUUGCGCACACAACCAUCAAGCCAAGAUGUGGAUCAAGUUUUUGAAGAACCUGCAUCGGGGAUUUUACCAAAAACCCUACAAGGGACUCAAAUUAAGGAAAGAGGUGAGCUUUUGAAGGUGGCAUGGUCCCAUUUUCUGGCCCUGGAUGCAACAAUAAAGGUUCCUUUGUUGAUAUUUGUUCCUUUCUACCUGGCUGUUAAUGUAAAAUAUGGUGCUGAAGUUUCCAAGGAGUUAACUCCUUUAUGGGUUUUGGGGCCACUCAUUGUGGCUAUCCAAGUCAUGAUAAUCCGUUGGCUGUGUGCACUCUAUGUCUUCAGCUUCAAACAGACUGUCAAAUUACUUAAAAAUUCUCCCUCUUACUGCAUUUUGGCCUACAGUUACGUUUUUCGUGGCAAGCUCAAAGAGGAUAUCUCAACGUAUGUUUUGCAGCCUAUAUUGAGCGUAAAAAAUAGAGACUAUAAACAGCUAACGAGAAGAAAGUUGAAGCAAUUGCAGGAAUGGAUAGUGGAGUUGUAUCUUGAUUACGUGGAAUCAAUAUGGCCCUAUUAUUGUCGAACAAUCAGAUUUUUGAAGAGGGCUAAUCUUAUUUAGGUUUGAAAAUGAAAAAUAUUCUUAGGGGUAAGUCUCCAGAAAGGCUAAAGAGGGAUGAAGGAGAGUAUACUCCGUAGCGUUGAAAUUUUUAAAUGAGAUAUGGCCAAUCCCAUUUUCUGCUGGGGUUUUGGUGUUUUGAGCAUGUUAAUGGUCAUGAGGAAGUUAAGUUCCCAAUUCAUGUUUUAUUGAAAAUGUUACCUUAUUCUUAGAUUAGUAUUAGGUUGUAAUCGUUUUUUUUUUGCUGUUGAAUCGCUGCUUGUGAAAUUGAUUCUAUUCUGCAAUUGAUCAUCUGGCAGAGUUUGCCCCAAAGUCUCUCUCUAUCCUUUUGUAUUAUUUAACAUUAUGUUGUUUAAAUUAGGAAACUAUUGGUGCGUAAACCUCGUUCCGGUUGAAUUGGCGAAUAAUAAGGCUAGGCCUAGCGAGUUUCUUUACAUUUUCAACCACCAGAGUAGCCGAUGUGGAGCUUCUUUGUCCCACCUGUCAGCCAGGAACCGGAGGAUAUAUUGCUUUUUGGUUUGUAUACAACAUAAUGAGGGAAGAAAACAGAGAUGUGCACCUCUCGUUUAACGGUAGAAAGGGAAUUUAAGCUUUCUUUGCCACGUGGAAUCACUUGAGAGUCAUAUGCGUGUUUGGUUGAAAAUUCACUUGUUUUACAAUAGAAUCAUGGCGAAUGGCACAUAGACGCAGAAGUUACUGAGAGUAGCUUUGGGACUUGGGAGACAGACGUGGAUCAUUUCCCCCUCAACGCAAGCCCAAACAUACUGUAUGAAUAAUAUGAUGGUUGGAUCUGCUGCCUGCUCCCUGCUACCAUGUAUGAACUGAAUUCUGGAUACAUUAAAAUUAGCUUUAUUAGCUGAAUAAAGUAAAAUGACUUUUUGUACAA